CACAGACAACACUCUUCCUCCAAAAUUAUCAAAAAAAUGGUUCAAAAUUUCAAAGUGUUUAUGUAUGAACCAAACAUAACCCAAUUCAAAUUUGGAACACAAACACAAGUUGAAUCUCUCUUUUACUCGUCACUAAGAAACAGUUCUUACAUCAUCCAACAACCUGAAGAAGCAAACCUCUUACGCGCCAAGAUCUUGUGCUUUCCCACGCGCCAAGAUUGGUUCGUCCCUCAUCACAAGGAUCUCACGCUACCGCCACUCCGUAGUUCUUACGCGCCGGUUAAAUUGGGACCGUUGAACGACAUGCCGUUUGUGGAUGUGCUGAGGUGGAGGAAGAUGGCUGUGUUUGUGAAGAGUUAUGUGAAGGUCGAUACUGACACGUGGAGGAAACAGCAUGAGUUUAUGAAAAGAUUAGGUGUGGUGGCGAGUGAGCACUUACAGUGGAAUCGCAGUCCUAUGCCGUUGGAUGCGUUUAACACUAUCAUGUAUCAGUUGUGGCUUAGACGCCAUACCGUUAGAUACAAAAGAUAAUCUCUGAUCAUACAAGAUCUAUUAU